CCCGACUCAAAUCACGACAGUCAUAAAAAGAGAGCAUUUGAGGAAGGAGUUCUUGUGACAUAAUCAAACAGCGAUGGCAAAUAUAAUUAAACGAUCUAUUUUCACAUUUAUGGUCUUAAUGGUCUUGUUGGUAGCAUCAGUUGCGUUGUAUUUGAUCCAUAAAAAGUUGAAGUUGGUGAACCUUGAUACAUUCAUUGGACCAGUAACGACGUCUGUAUCAGAUUUUUACAUGGAAAGUCAGUGCAACGCUUGUUCAAAAAUAUUCGAGAAAACUGAUGACUGCCCUUACCAUCAGUUUGUUAUGACCACUCAUGAUAAAGGCCGACUGGGCAAUAAAAUGAGCGAAUAUGCUACCCUACUGGCCGUAUCUGCACUCACGGGAUUCACGCCGGUCUUGAGCAAGGAGCAUCACAGUGCUUUGAUAGACGUUUUCCCGUCCAUUCCGUACAAUGGAUCAAUUAUCAGUGAUUCCUGCAUCAAUGAAGCACACCAAUUAUUUACCGAAAAUUUGGCUGCGACCCAAGCAUUCUUGGCCACCAGACCUCAGGAACGAAUUCGUAAUAUUCGUUUGAUGCACUAUCCAAAUACAGUGUUCUACUUUGACAAGAUCAAAGGAAUCCUGAAAGAUCACUUUGCUUUCACGCCCAGGGUAAAUGAUGCCGCCGAAGAAUUUUUGGCCGCGACAAGACGACAAAUAGCUUCGAGGAUUCCCAACCCAAUUUGGGUUGGUAUACAUGUGCGUCGGACGGACUAUGAGCACCAUCUAGAUAUGUUGCAAAAUGGUACCUUGGUCAAGUUUGAGUUCUUUAUCAGGGCCAUGAUCAAGUUGAAAGAGACCCUGUCAGAUUCAAAUCCGAACUUUGAUCCAUCAAACCUGGUAUACCUGGUUUCAUCUGACGAUGUAGAUUGGAUCAAGGAUAAUUUCCAAACCCUAGCCCAUGCCGAGACCAUCAUAUAUGCUGCCAAUGCCUUUGAGAGCAAAUUUGAAUUUCCACCAAACCACUUGGACAUGUGCAUCAUGUCCAAAUGUAAUCAUUCUAUCGUUGACUACGGCACAUUUGGCUUUUGGGGUGCCUACUUGGCUGGUGGGCACACAAUCCAAGCUGAAAAUAUUGGCACAGGGUUCAGCAUUCAAGUCGAGUCCAUCAAACAAGCAAAACUAUCAAAAUGGCAAUUCAUUGAGGCUCAUUCAAGACAAACCCCGUGAUUGGAUAACGUCCUUGUCAUGAAAAAAAGCAAAUUGUCACUUUGAUUCCCCUUCAAGGCCUAUCCUAGAGAAGCUUUCAAAGGCUACUCUGCUCAUCAAGAGAAGAACUAUUGUCAAAACGAGAAUGGCACUACCUGCCGGGUAAAUAUAUUUGAUGCCACGGUAUUAGUAGCUGACUGGGCGACUUCAUGCCCCCUUUCUGUACCAUUUGUUACUGUUUUACAAUACAUUCACAUUU